AUGAAGGGAUGCGAUGCGUCGUUGCUACUAGACUCAACCGCAGGAAACCAAGCAGAGAAAGAUGGCCCUCCCAACAUCUCAGUCCGAUCAUUCUAUGUGAUCGACGAUGCCAAAACCAAGCUAGAAGCCGCAUGUCCACACACCGUUUCUUGUGCUGAUAUCGUUGGCAUUGCCGCAAAAGAUGUAGUGAUCAUGUCCGGAGGUCCGUUUUGGAAUGUGCUAAAAGGAAGGAAAGACGGAGGGGUGUCGAAAGCUAAUGAGACCAUCAAUUUACCAGCUCCAACAAUCAAUGUAUCCCAAUUGAUUCAAAGCUUUGCUAAGAAAGGUUUAGGUGUUAAAGAUUUGGUUGCUCUAUCUGGUGGCCACACUCUAGGGUUCUCACAUUGUUCUUCAUUCGAAUCCCGGCUUCGGAAUUUUAGUUCAGUACACGAUGUCGACCCAACCAUGAACAAUGAAUUUGCUCAGAAUCUAAGAAACAAAUGCCCUAAACCAAACAGGGAUACCACUGCCGGAGAGUUGUUGGAUUCAACUUCCUCAACUUUUGAUAACAAUUACCACAAGCAAUUGGUGGCAGGUAAGGGCGUGUUUGGAUCGGAUCAAGCGUUGUUUAGUAAUUACAGGACUAGAUGGAUUGUAGAGUCGUUUGCCAAUGAUCAAAGCGUGUUCUUCAAGGAGUUUGCAGCUUCAAUGGUAAAUCUUGGAAAUGUUGGGGUGAUUGAGGAUGGUGAAGUGAGACUGAAUUGCCUUGUGGUGAAUUGAUCAGUAUUAUAUGAUCACGAAAGAGUAAUUGAUCAAAGAUUUAUAUUUCUGUUGUUUAACUUUGAUCUUGUAUUGAAAAUAAAAUUUAUUUUCCUUAUAGGUAAUUUCUGC